CACUCACACGAUACGCAUGACGAGAAAGCACUUUCCGACAAGGCGCACAUCCUUGCGGAAAACCAUUUACGCCAAAGGGAAAAUCCGUGGAAAACGUCAAUAAUUCGUGAGUUUUCCAUUUUCACCCGUGUUGUUUUCGUGGUGGAAAAUUUUCCCAACCGAAAUUGACGAAAAAUUGUUGCCUUUUCUCGCCAAACAUCCAUCGCAAUCGGGCUUUGAGCGAGGCGUGCGAGUGGUGCUAUUGCAGUGGCGUACCGGAAGUGGUCCCGAGGCGCAAAAUUUCAAACACAUAUGGUGAUGCGUAUCUGUGAGGGCAAUUAGUUUGUUAAGGACGACUCGAGAAAAUAUUUUUCUCCUGACAGUUUUCACUUUCCGUCACCCACUCCAGAGGAUUUUUCCGAUUAACUUGCUUUCAUAACAGGAGACCCAGACUGCGUGGGACGACAAUGAUGACGAUGUCCUGAAGAAAGAUAAUGAAAUUGUUAGUUACGGUCGCAUUCGAUAAGGUGUUUGUUAAAGUUUUCUGAUAUUUCCUGUGCUAGAACACUGGUAAUGUGGUAGCAAUGUCGACCGAAAUAGAGAUCAGCGACUGUUGCGACAAUAUCUCGCAGAAUACGAGCGAGGACUGCGAGGAUAAAAUCGAGGAAACUCGCUUUCAAUCCGGAAUGCUGUACGUAGAGAAUGAACAGAUGUUCCGGAAGACUACGUCGGAUGACGAAUUUGACUUUGAUUCGGCGUUUAGUUCGGAAUCGAAUAACAUUCUAACCGAUGAAAGCACUAACGAGGGUGGUGCCGUUGGAAAUGACGAUGGUAUCGAGGAGAGUGAACGACUGCGGUCGUUGGAGGACGAGCAUGAGGCACUGUCUUCCAAUCUGAUAGCCCUCACGUCGCACUUUGCACAGGUUCAACUGCGACUGCGACAAAUAGUUGAAGCUCCGCCUGAGGAACGGGACAACCUAUUGAAAAAUUUGGAAGAGUUCGCCUUCCUAGGGAUACCGGAAUUGCAGCAAGAUUCCGUAAAGAAAAACAUCCCCGAAAUCGUGGCAGAUUUGGAUAGAAGCCCGGAAUCGGUCGAGCAUCUUCGUGAAAAGCAGCAUGCUUUAAUCGACCAACUAAAGAAUCAGUUGAUUGACUUGGAACGAUACGCCUAUGAAUCCGGGGCAGGUAUCCUUCCGCAUACCAUUCUCCUGGAGAAGCAAAAGGUCAUCAUCGAUGAGAUCAAAAACAAAAUCAACCUAAAUCUGAACGAGCUGGAUUUACCACAGUUGACUACCGAGGACUUGAGAAAUCAAGUCGACACGGCCCUAGACGAGCAGUUGGUCAACCCGCUGAAGAUGAAGGAACAACUGGUAUCGCAGCUCAAAACGCAGAUUCAGGACCUGGAACGCUUCAUCAGUUUUCUGCAGACCAACGAGAAAGAGGAAAUCAAAAAGCGCUUCUACCAGCAACAAGAACUGGCCAAGGCAGAAGCAGCCGAACGAACCGAAGCACAAGAACGAGCCAAAUCACGUUCGAUUUCCUCCCACAGCAAGAAAGAACCGAAGUCAAACAACCAAUCCCAGGAGCGAGACGACGCUCCAAAGCGGGAGACACUGAACAGCAAAGCGUUCGGCCUGAUGGACAAAGCCAGCACGAUUUUGCAGAUGUUUGCCCUGUCGCAGUUCAACUGUGGCAGCGAACGGAACCGCGAUCACUUCCAGCGCAAUAUGAUGAAACGCUCCAAGGAGAACUGCUGGGGAGACAUUCGGGCAAAGCUGGAGAUCGAUGUACAGGAAGUGAUUUCGCUGGCCAUGGCCACCCAGGAGGAUUUUCAGCUAUCGGAAACAGCAAGUGAGUGUGGAGAAUCACGAACGGCAAACGGCCGGAAAAAUUACGAACUAACGAUGGUGGUGCGGAAGCAGCUGGCCAAAACUAUCCAAGGACUGAUGCAGCAUGGACUACGAGGUAUUACGGAAAGCAGUGGCAGCCUAGUUCCGUUUAUUUCGGGUUGUUUCUCCGGGGGAGGGUACCACAGUCAGGGACCUUCGAAAGGCAGCAGCGAAGAACGGUUCUAUAGCGGAGACACCAGAAGAAAGAGUACUGGCAGUAUGAGCAAGGCGGCAACUACACCACCAAAGCGCCAUUCGAGUUCGGUGGAGGAGGAAGAACCCAUUGAGAUGAAUCUGUUCACGCAAUUGGAGGAGGAUGAGGAGGACGAAGUAGAGUACUGUGAUGGAGACGAGUCGGACAUGCAUGCGUGGGAGUUGUUAUUACUGUAUUACAAUAUCAAAAAUGGCGACCGAUACAAUUCGGCACCUGCUAGGAAACUUUCCGAAAGCUUCAAUCUAGACCUGGUGGAAGGAAGGCCACAGUCAAAUAAGCAGAGUCUUCUGAGUGCGAUAGGUACCAUAAUCGCUCUACACAGUCCUUACAAGAGGAGUUAUAACUCACAGUUUAAAGCUUUCAUCUGUGCAGCACUAAACGCUCAAAAACUCACACAGUGGCUCCACUUGAUCUACCAAUGCAAAGAGCUGGUCAGUUCUUACUACACCAGUUGGAGUUACGUCGCCAACACAGGAUUCCGCGAUGCACUGAAAACUCUCGAUCGGCUCACUCAGUAUCGGUUCGACUUGCCGGUGGAUCUAUCCAUACGGCAGUUCAAAAAUAUCAAAGACGUUUUUAUGUAGAACUCUUUUUUCUUGUUAACUUCCUUCUUAAACAUAAAACAUACGACAUGUGUAUAGUCUUCUAAAUCCUCGCGACUUAUGGCACCGAUGAAGACAUUUUAGAAAUUUCCGCAAAACAACCGUAAACAUUCCGUUCGACAGCAUUGCCUAAUACACUUUUCUAGUCAUGUAAGAAACACCCUACCGAACACAUACGCAUUUCGAUUUAGGAGAUCUUUCCAAUUACAGCCAACACCCGAGCUUAUGGUCACACAUAUAGCACAACGACUAUCUUACUACUACUAUCAAUCAUUCAUUCCUCAAAACAUCCCGAUGAAUAAUUUAACAACACAAUGAUCUAGCACCCGAUAACUAGAAGACAUAUUUGUUCGAACCUAAUAUUGCUACAGAACCCAUAACAGAACAUAUAGAUUGUUUUAGCCGAGAGACAGAUACAGAUGAACACGGAGAAGUAUAGUUGUGUUUUGCUAUUAUUAAGCUUUAUAUGACUAACCCAAAGAACUAUAUCAACAAUAUUGAAAACAAUAAUUAUUGAACAACUGAAACUUUAACUAUAGUGCAACGUGUUGGAAAGAGCAACAAGGAAAAAGGAAAGAUAUAUCUGUUAACUAUAAACAAA